AUGGAAAACACGCUUCUCUGCAAUGACCCCAAGUGCAGACAGGAGCUUACCGAUCGGGCACUCGUAACGACUUGCAGUCACAUUCUUUGCCUUGACUGCGUUCAAAAGUCUGGCCUCGUUGGCCAAGGCGACCAGAGAUGCACCGUUUGCCCCAUAUGCAACGUCCAACUGACCAAAGAAGAAGACGUUGCCUUCAUGAGUAUGAAUCCAAGCGAAGAGUUCAAAACGUGCGUCCUCAGUGGCUUGAGUCCCAACGUAAUCAUGGAGUGUGCUGGACGGGCCAUCAGCUUUUGGUCAUAUCAAGUUACUCAUGAUUUACACUAUCAACGUCACUUGUACAAAUCCCUCACAGAGAAACACUCGGCACUGUGGGAUCAAUAUGAUCAAGUAAACAGAGAUUACUCUGCAGAGAUCAAUAGGUUAUGCGACAAGCUGAAGAGCGUAACGGCAUCACGGGAUGCUUUACGGCAAAAGAAUAACGAACUCGCAGCAGCUUAUCAAGACAAGAGCCGCAAGCUGUUUCAGACGCAGGAACUCUACAACAGGGUCAAAAAAAGGGCUGAGUUGGGUCAAAUCGAGCAGGCAGCUUUCGAUGCUGUAGACAGUUCUACUAGAUCGGUGCCUCAA